AUGGCCACCGACGACCUCCACGGCUACAAGCUGUAUAACUACUCGCCGAACUUGGCUGCAGCUAUCAUAUUCGUCAUUGCUUUCGCUCUCACCGCCUCCUUCCACACCUUUCAAUUGAUCAAACACAAGACAUGGUAUAUGCUUGCCUUUCUGAUAGGCGGUUUCUUCGAAGUCGUUGGAUACAUUGGUCGCGCUGCCUCGGCCACCGAGGAUAACGGCAAGUGGACGGUCGGUCCAUACGUUAUUCAGAGCGUCUUCCUCCUCGUCGCGCCCGCCCUUUUCGCAGCUUCCAUCUACAUGAUCCUCGGACGAAUCAUCCUCCUCACCGACGGCGAAAGCCAUGCAAUCAUCAAAAGGCGCUGGCUCACAAAGUUUUUCGUCUUCGGCGAUGUGUUUUCCUUUCUCAUGCAGUCGACUGGUGGCGGUCUUAUGGCUAAAGGCACCUCGGAUCCGGACUCGAUCAAGAUGGCUCAAAACAUCAUCAUUGGCGGUCUUAUCCUGCAGCUUGUUUUCUUCGGCUUCUUCAUCAUUGUUGCGGGCAUCUUCCACAUGCGCAUGAACUCGGUCCCCACGGUCAAAUCGGAGCAGCCUGAGGUCCGCUGGCGCCACUAUCUCACUACACUCUACGCCGUCAGCGUCCUCAUCAUGAUCCGAUGCGUCUUCCGUGCCGUCGAGUAUAUCCAGGGCCACGACGGAUACUUGUUGACGAACGAAGUCUUCAUCUACAUCUUCGAUGCUCUUCUCAUGUUCCUGGUCAUGGCUUACAUGAACUGGCAACACCCUGCCGAGAUUGGACACCUGCUCCGCGGUGAGCGGCCGUCCUCCAGUGGUUUCACCUUGGAAAGCGUUGCCGCAGGCAAAGAGGGCCACCUCCAUGGCCCUCGGGAGAUGGUGUAA